AUGAAAGGCAUGCAGCUGCACGCUAAUCAGCCAUAUUAUACUGAUCUCUCAUUUGAGCAGAAACUAUUGUUCAAUGCAGCUGUGGUUCGACGCAAGUCCCUCUUCUUCUCAGGCUCUGCAGGAACGGGAAAAUCUCAUCUUUUACGUGCUAUCAUUAAAGGGCUAAGCAGGCUGGAUGAUAAUGAGAAGAUCGUUGUGACGGCGCCCACAGGAACAGCAGCUGUUAACAUUUCAGGCUGCACCAUUCAAAGCUUUGCAGGUUUUUUGGAUGAAAACUUGACAGAGCAGAAAUUCCCCGAUAUGCUUGCACGCGUACGCCGUGUAAAGCAGACCAGGAAGCGGUGGGUGGAGGCCACUGUCCUCAUCAUUGACGAAUGCUCUAUGCUGCAGGGCACAUACUUCGACUGCCUGGAGUAUGUUGCCAGGCACCUACGUGGAGGCGCAUCCAAGUCAUUUUUCGGUGGACUCCAGUUGAUCCUUUGCGGAGACUUUCUUCAGCUUCCUCCAGUGGUGAGGUCCAACAACCCUCUAGUGUGGCUCUUUGAAGCAACGGCUUUUCAGUUGAUUCCUCUUAAGGCAUCACUGACACAUUGCUUUCGGCAGUCGGACAAGAGUUUUAUAAACAUGCUUAACGAAACACGCAUAGGCUGUGUUUCCAAUCAGACUGAUAGUUUGUUACAAUCUCUCUUGAUUCAUGAAAAUGAGCUGAACAAUGAGCAUGACAAGAUAUCUGAGAAGGCGUAUAAAGAAUACUCUACAGAACUUGAGCGCCUAGAGAAUGAGAGUCAGAAAACAGAGGAGGAGCGUCAAUUUGCCCUGGAGAAGCUUGACGAUGUCACUGAUGACCUAUCUUUCAGACACAUGCUUUUAAAUCUAAUUCACAUCAACCGUAGGCGAUGCGAGCUAGAGGUUAAAAAGAUCCGGACAACGUAUGUGUCCCCAUCCUUUCCUGUUAGACUAUAUACUCACAGACAGGCCGUUGAUGAAUAUAACAAUAGCAACCUGCUAAAGGGGAAGCAGAUAGUAUUCAAGUUGCAAGCGGUUGACGAGAACCUUUCUGAUCAUCAGCAUCUGAUGGACCCGCCGCCGGUGAUUAGUAUCUCCAUUGGAGCCCAAGUUAUAAUAACAAAGAACAUAGAUGUGCAGCGAGGUCUGUGUAACGGUCGUCAGUGUGUCGUUAAAGAUAUCUUUUACUUCUGGUCCAAGGAGGGCAGUCGCGUUAAGCGCAAUGCUGCAUCAGAUCUUUACCGAUCUGACUUUAAUGGUGAGCUUUCUUCCGGCACUAAUGAGAUAACCCUAAACGUGGGGAUGCGGAUGGUAGUGGUGGAGGUGCAAAUCGGUAAUCAAGUCCAACAAAUACACCCAGUCACGUACGAAAUCAAGAAGGGCAACGAUGAUGUGAUAGGAAAACGCACUCAGAUACCCCUUGGACUAGCAUAUGCUUUGUCUAUCCACAAGUGCCAAGGAAUGACUCUAGAUACAGCAAUUAUCAAUAUUGAAAAAGCAUUCAGUCCUGGACAGGCAUACGUAGCGCUCAGUAGGCUUAGAACCAUAGACGGGAUAAGGCUAACGGGGUAUGCACGAGGUCGCAUCCGAGCCGACCAAAGGGCCAUGAGCUUCCAUGAAACGCUUCUUCAUAUCGACAUAUCCAACCCUGGAUCUCUGAAAGCAAAUGGACUCUGGUCAUUUGGGAACGAGGUUUGUCAGUGGAAAGCAGAUCGCAAAUGUCUUACCCACAGCAAGGGCUACGAGCUGGCGCCGCAAUACUCUGGGAUUAGGAAUCUUACAGACGCAUUCUCUGUCUUGGAAAGCAACUUACUGUGCCAAUCAAAUAGCUCUGUGCUAGCACCUGUUCCUCAAUUAUCGGCCACCUUGGACCCACCGUUUAUAACGAAGAAACCUAUCGGUGAGCAGAGCAACUCAAGUGUUCAAAAUGCUUCCUUGUUGACCGAAUAUCCCUCGGUCAAUGCUUCUACCAAUUCAGCACCUUCUAACACAAUCGGGAUUGUAGAUUUAACAUCAUCUCAAGGGGAGGAGCCAGUUUCAGAGCCCGAUCCCAACAAUGAAGACUCCGCAUCGAUACCUAAGCAACCGGAACGCAAGCAGUUAUUUACUGUUGAGAUGUUUUUGCCACAUUUGCACCGACUCAUAGAAGCAGAAAACAACCACCAGCCCAAGCUGAAGCCACUGCCGACCGACCUUUUUCUUCAGCAACAAAAGCAAGCAUUUGCUGCUAUCACUGCACAAACGACGAACACAGGAAGCUAUUUUUCCGGCGCUACUCCAUUCAAGCCGGCAGAUUCUGUGCUAUUUGAAUAA